GUGGCUACCGAUUCGGUUUGUCACUGACGCGCGCUAGCUCUACGGUCAGACGGUGCCCACGGCUACAUGGACACCGAUCAGCUAUCGACAUCGACCACUGCACUAGACUAGGCACAUGACAAACCAGUUUCCUUGUUUCAUGCUUGAUCCAGCUGGACUUGUUGCGGACGGUUGUUUGGGUUCUGAAUCUUUGUCGUCAUGCAUGUCAUGUGCGUAAUCUGUUAAGAAAAAGUUCAUCAAGAUGGCAGAUAGAGUUCAAGACUUUGGGCCUAUGACACCAGCAUGUGCCCGAGCGCUGAGUGAUAAACUCUAUGAAAAAAGAAAAGGGGCAGCUCUAGAAAUCGAAAGAUUGGUGCGAGAUUUGAUGCAGACUAACAGCACGGACCAGAUUGACAAGCUCCUGCAAAUUCUGGGCUCGGAGUUCACACUGUCGGCGAAUGGGCACGCUCGGAAGGGUGGAUUAAUAGGGCUCGCUGCUCUAGCCAUUGGCAUGGGAAAGGAGUCGACUGCUUACCUGCCCCAGUUGAUCCAACCUGUUAUCGCCUGCUUCAGCGACCCCGACAACAGGACGAGGUACUUCGCCUGCGAGGCUUUGUACAACAUUGUGAAGAUUGCGCGCAGCGCCGUGCUGUUGCACUUCAAUACGGUGUUCACCGUACUUAGCCAGUUAGCAGCUGAUCCGGACAUCAACGUUAAGAAUGGAUCAGAGCUCCUGGAUAGACUUAUGAAGGAUAUUGUGACGGAAAGCCAGGGCUUUGAUUUGGUGGCCUUUGUACCCCUGCUCAGAGACAGAAUUUACUCCACCAACUCCUUUGUCAGACAGUUCCUUCUCUCGUGGAUCACCACUCUGAACUCGGUACCAGACAUCAACCUCAUUGUCUACCUCCCGGAGAUCCUCGAUGGCAUGUUCCACAUCUUGGGAGACCCCAACAAGGAAAUCAGAAAAAUGUGUGAGUUCUGCCUGGAUCAUUUCAUGCAGGAGAUGAAGCAGCUACCGUCCAGUGUGGACUAUGCACCCAUGGUUAAUAUACUCAUAGCGCACAGCCAGUCAAAUGAUGAGGUCAUCCAGCUGACUGCCAUCAACUGGCUGUUGGAAUUUCUCAACCAGGCGGGCCGUACCAUGAUACCCUUUUGUUCAGGACUGCUAAAUGCUGUUACACCAUGUAUGGCGUACGAUGACAUUAACAGGAAAAGCAUCAAGGAAGCAGCUAAACUGGUCAACCAAAAUCUCAUGAGGCUGGUCACUGCGGAGGAUGACAGAGAUGAUGAUGAAGCAGAGGCCAAAUGCCUGAGCACAUCUCCCCUGGGCCCGAGGGCCGUAAGAUUGGACAUAGCCCCCACCGUCGAGGUGCUGACAAGGUGUAUGCAGCAUAACUCCAUGCAGUGCAAGAUCACUUCGUUGAGGUGGACGUAUCACUUACACAUGAAGACACCCAGGAAGAUCUUCCAGCAUGUUGAGGACAUAUUCCCAGUGCUUGUAAGGACGCUGUCCGAUACCUCUGAUGAGGUUGUGUUACUAGACCUUGAGGUCCUAGCCGAAGUGGUGUCAUCUCCGGCUGGUCCAGCAGCGACCACACAGAGAGUGGACAGCACCAGCCAGUCCACUCAGAGGACUAGAGCGGCCUCCGGUACAAAUGCUUACUUCCACAAGUUCAUGACCAACCUGCUGGAGCUGUUUGCAUCGGACCGCCAGCUCCUUGAAGAUAGAGGGUCCUUCAUUGUCAGGCAGCUGUGUCUCCUGCUCAACACGGAGGACAUCUACUGGACCCUGUCUGAGAUCCUGGUGAAUUACAAGGAUCUCCAGUUUGCGACAGAGAUGGUGCAGACACUCAACAGCAUUUUGUUGACGGCGACAGAGCUGUUUGAGCUCCGGACCCAACUCAAAGAUCUCAAUUCCGAGAGUAGCUGUAAGUUAUUCUGCUGUCUGUACAAGUCCUGGUGUCACAGUCCGAUUGCCACGGUGUCUCUCUGCUUCCUCACUCAGAAUUACAAACACGCUUCCAGUCUCAUCUACUCAUUCGGUGACCUAGAAGUCACAGUACAUUUCCUGACAGAAAUUGACAAGUUGGUCCAAUUGUUAGAGUCUCCCAUAUUUACAUAUCUGAGGUUGCAGUUGCUGGACACGGAACAUAACCAACACCUGGUAAAGAGUCUAUACGGAGUGCUGAUGUUGUUACCGCAGAGCACGGCCUUUACAACGUUACAGCGUCGCUUAGCAUGCGUGCCUAACAUGCUUCAGGUUCCCAGGGAUCAGAAGAAGAACCCCGGCCUGAUUCCAGACAAGAGGCCAUUCGUCAAGGCCAUCAACUGGGAGGAGAUGCUGACCCACUUCACCAAGAUCCAAGCCGAGCACAAGACCAAACGAGCCCGCGUCCGGUCCACCGAAGAGCAGCUACAGUCCUUUAAACUCUAACCAUUCCAGGUUUGUCUACGCGACCUCUAUCUUUGAACACCAUGGUCACAGUUUUUGAGUGCUGGAGGUUGGUGAAAUAUAGCUCAAGCUGGCUGUCAGCACAAAAGCAAGAAAACCUAUUGAAAAAACCAUAUACAGCUAUCAAAAUAGCAAAUGUGUAUUGCUUGUUAUAACUAAAUGAAAAUAGGGGAGCUAAAUUAUAUUUGUAGGGUAAAGGCACAUUUUUAGGCAAAGCCUGUUACUUAACAAAUGUGGACAGUCUGAAAGUUUUGGCCAACUGUUUAGGCAAUAGGAAAAUGGUCUGCGGGCAGACGCCUUGUUCAUGACGGGAGAGUUUGCAUCCUUUGGUUUGAUUUGCCAAUCAGUUGUGAAGAAGAUGAGUCCUUGGCAAGCAGUUCUCAUUGUGGACUCUCCUGUUGCCAUCGUGGAUGCCUUGAAGAGGGCGCACUGUGCAAUCUUACAAGCCUUCACAUUUAACUACAUGUAGUUCCCACUUGCUCUUCGAUCCUUGAGAUUUGACCAUUUUGCCCAGCAUUUAAAGCACAAUGCAAAGUUACGUUCUGUACAUUUCAAGGAAGGGAUGGGUCUGGAGCCCAGGCCAGGAGAGAAAGAGAGGUCUGCCCUCUCCUGUCCAUAUGGGUAUGUUUCCACAUUUCUGUUUUGUCUUAAGCUCCGACUCGAGAUUCAAAGAUCUGUUGAUUACACCAAAAAUGACCCAAAGGUUAGCCUCAACUUAAUUGUACCAUUCCUUUAGUGGAAAACGCAGCUGCCCCGAGCUAGAGAAUUUGCAGCUCUGGGUACUAACCAUAUUAUACUGAAGCCUUCACGUUAAAGAUGUAGAUAAACUAAGAUUUGGGGGGAAAUGUUAUUGCCUGUCUGGAUGGAUCCUCCAAUGACAGUGAUUGGCCUGCAUCCAAAAGUGGUGGCUAUGGCUAAGUGUAACACUUGCCGUUAGUCAGCGGCUGCAGCCAUUGCCUAUAGACACGUAGGCUGCUUUUACAGCCGCAAAACAACUCUUGGCUCUUGUUACAGCCGAGGGAUACUCUGCAUAGAGUGAGUUUAUUUCCACACUUGCUUUCUGUCCUCCCAAAAUCUUGACUGACGAAAGGAUGUGGUAAUGACUAACAACGGCAAGCAUGUCUGGGUAAUUUGAAGGAAGGUCAUUCUGACAGGUUUUUGUCUGUCUUUAGUGUUUGGCUCUGUUGCAAUUUUUUUAUGAAGUUAAUUUUAUGUAUUAAAGCAAACAAAUUUCAG